GGGGCGCUCGACCCCCAAUCGCGCGGCCGCCGCCUGCGCUGCCCGACUGGAUUUGAGCUGGGCCCGCGGAUCGCUGACCCAGGCGCGGGCUGGAGCAACCCCCCCGCCGAGGCACCCCCACUUUUCAACUCCGCGGGCGAUGCAGCCGGCUGGGGACGCAGGCAAGGCUCGGGGCGCGCGGCAGCGGGCGCGGGAUGCGGGGCGCAAGGUGCCGGGCGCGGGCCGGUCGUCUCUCCCCUGCCUCCCUCCAGCCUCGCCGAAAGUUUUCCCGCGGUGUUCCCCGCCGGGUCCAGGUCUCCCCUUCUGAUGAAAAGAGAAAGGAAGAAUGGACUACAGUCACCAAACCUCCCUAGUCCCAUGUGGACAAGAUAAAUACAUCUCCAAGAACGAACUUCUCCUGCAUUUGAAGACCUACAAUUUGUACUAUGAAGGCCAGAAUUUGCAGCUGCGACACCGUGAGGAGGAAGAUGAGUUCAUCGUGGAGGGGCUGCUGAACAUCUCCUGGGGGCUGCGCCGGCCCAUCCGUCUGCAGAUGCAGGAUGACAACGAACGCAUCCGCCCCCCGCCAUCUUCUUCCUCCUGGCACUCUGGCUGUAACUUGGGGGCUCAGGGCACCAUCCUGAAGCCUCUCACCGUGCCCAGCAUUCAGAUCUCAGAAGCGGACGCCCCGCCCGAGAGUGAACAGACAUCGAGUCCCACAGACUCCAGGGGCUUGAAGACCCUGCAGGAAGACACCCCGCAGCUGAUGCGCACGCGCAGUGAUGUUGGGGUGCGUCGCCGUGGCAAUGUGAGGACACCCAGCGACCAGAGGCGAAUCCGACGCCACCGAUUCUCCAUCAAUGGCCAUUUCUACAACCACAAGACGUCUGUGUUCACGCCGGCCUAUGGCUCUGUCACCAACGUCCGCAUCAACAGCACCAUGACCACCCCGCAGGUCCUGAAGCUGCUGCUCAACAAAUUCAAGAUCGAGAAUUCCGCAGAGGAGUUUGCUUUGUAUGUGGUCCACACCAGCGGUGAGAAACAGAAGCUGAAGAACACCGAUUACCCGCUGGUUGCUCGGAUCCUCCAGGGCCCGUGUGAGCAGGUCUCCAAAGUGUUUCUUAUGGAGAAGGACCAGGUGGAAGAAGUCACCUAUGAUGUGGCCCAGUACAUAAAGUUCGAGAUGCCUGUCCUCAAAAGCUUCAUUCAGAAGCUCCAAGAGGAAGAAGACCGGGAAGUCAAGAAGCUGAUGCGCAAGUACACCGUGCUUCGACUGAUGAUCCGGCAGAGGCUGGAGGAGAUGGCUGAGACCCCAGCAACAAUCUAAGCCACAAGAGGGAGGGGAUCCAGAUGCCACAGGGGCCGCCGCCAACAUGAGAAGAUGCACGGGAAGCUGGAUACCUUCCUUUCAUGGAACCAUUUAGAUGGAGACCUCUCUAGCGGCCACCAAGCCACCAUUCACUGCCCGGAGCGGGAUGGAGAAGCCAGCAGACGUCUCCCCAUCCUUGGAUCCCUGCACUCUGCCCCUUUCCUUCACUCACAAGGACUUUUGAGCUUUGUUAUAAGGACCUAAAAUGUGUGUGUGCGUGCGUGUGUGCAUGUGCGUGUGUGUGUGUUUGUGUCCGCACAUGAGCACGUGCACGCAAUGGAAGCGUGUGUGCACACAUGGUACAUAUCCACGUGCCUACCUGAUAUUCACAUGCAACUGAAUUCCAAACAACCAGCAUGAGUCUGCGGGGCUUGCAGGUAUGAUGCUCGAGAGAGGGCAAAUCAGAGACGUCACCAACCCGAGGGGUUUAAGCGGAAGACAAAAUCUCUCCCCUCCAGCGCCAGGGAGCAGCCACACAUGUUUAGAAGGGAAGGGGACUCAGCAAGCUCACCAUCCGGGAUAUUUAUAUGUUAGUGGAGAUGCUCCUUGUACUCCUGACAGGAUUGGGGAUUGGACAUUAACAAAGUAACAGCCCCCUGUCCCUGGGGAAGGCGUGACGCAAAGAGAAAGAGAAACCAUCCUUGGCGUAGCUGCAAUGAGCCCACGCGUUUUUACACUGGAAACUUUGAUGGUUUUAAAUAACAAAAAUGGAUGUGAUGAUCUCUGCGGAUUCUGCCUCUGUCCUCGCCUCCAUGGCCACCUCUAGGAGACAGCAGAGGAGCCUGAUGCCGCGAUCAGCACGCCGAGCUGCCGGCCCCAACUCUCUGGUGCCUCCUCGAGUUGAAGGAAGGGUCUCACUGCUCUGUACAUGGCAGACUGGCUAGUGUGGCCAGAGAGUUUCCUCUUUAGGGCAAUGUAGAGGCUUCUUGCAGGAAUGACAGACACCUGCAAGCCUGGCCCGUUUCGGAUCAUCAGGGGAUCCUCGUGCGCCUGAUGCUGAGGCCAUGUAUUUGAAGUCAGGGCACCAUUCUUUCCAACUACUGAAUUUUUGCAGGUUGCUCUCACCUUGUGUGUGGAGAUGGACUCCAAGAAUGAGCCUGCUAUUGACCGAGUGUGGGGCUCGGGGAAGCUCUUGGGGCUGCCCUGCGAAGGUGCAUCGGGAGGGUGGAGCUUCUCUUUCAGCUUCUCUAGGCAGCCACCUGGGUGAUCAUUAGAAGAGGCCCAACUGCGGGGAAAGGGCAGGACAGUACUGUCCCCCUGGGGUCCCCAUCAGGAAGACUUCCGGGCAGCUGGGCCACAGUGUGGCUGACACAGUUUGAAGAGGGACAGAUAGACACUCGGGGCAGGGGCCCGGCUGGGGGAUCAACCAAGCAAGGCCAGGAGCCUCUAACAGCAGGUGUCUCAGCCUCAUUGGCGGAGAGGCUCCCCACCUCUUCACCUCCCCUCCAUGGAAGGUUUGGGGAGCUGGGCGGUCAGGGGAAGGAGAGCCACUGGUCAGCACCUGCAGGGAAGGUGGAGGCUUGCAGCCGGGCGGUUCCUGCCCCCUGCUCUCCCCUGUGGCCUCCGUGGCCUCUAGAGGGCUCACAGCUGUGGUCUCAUUGUUGAUUUUCAAAACGAUGGCACAUGGCCACCUGGCAAGGUGCCAGGGGCCUCUUAGCAAGGUGAUCUCCUCGGGGACCGCGCCACCAACCCCAUGGGGCAUGGACUGGAAAUCCGGUGGUCUUAGUCUCAGUCUGGCAUCUCGGUGGGCCUCUGUAAGUGCACAGAAAAACCGGGUCAGGAGAGGCUCCCUUUGUUCCAGAUGGCCGAGAGCGGCUGUGUGAAUGCAAACACGCUUCCUGAGUCUUGCCUUUGAGAAAGUGACUUAAGAGACUUCUCUUCCAGUUCUUUUUAUUGUGACUGUUCACAGCCUUUGUUGGCCACAGUAAUUCUCCUCAGUGGGCUAGGCAGAGAAAUUUCCACAGAGCCAACUACUAACUGCUAACUUUUGUUGGACAGCUGUUUCUGGUUCCUGAAAGUUCUUUUUGAUUUGCACUAGCACUACGAUAGUUUAAAUAUGGAUACGUUGCAAAACGUCAGGUUUGCCGGAUCCCUUUCUGAGAAAGUGAUACUAAGGUAGACCUGGCUUUUUAAAGAUGGGGCAGGGGUGGGGGGAACGGAUUCAGGGUGGAAGUCAGGGGAAAUCGCAUCUUACAGGAUACAUUUCCACUCACUGUGGGCCGUACUUUGCCAUUUUGGCCCACCCUGUUUAGAGAUCAUUUCUUACUUCCUAAUAACCCGAUCAGGAAUUUUGGAAAGGUCCUUUGAAAUAGCAGCGGCUGAAACAGAGAUACUUCACCGCAGCAUGAGCUGGAUUUUCUCACUGGUAUCACAUGGCCUGGCGGCUUUGAAUUCCUGUACCGAUUUGUGGGGGUUUAUGUAAUUGUGUGCAAUGAACCUGAAAUUGUGUGAAGAACAAAAGGCCAAUUUAUAGGGUUUUUUUCCCCCCUAACUUGUGAAAAGCAGUAUAGCCACAUCUGGCUUUCUUUUUCUAGGGGUUUAUGUUACAAGGUGAUCAAAUGAAGGAAAAGCCCGAGUCCAUCAGGCUGGGAAGGGGGUGCGUUCCCCCAGGUGAUGAUGAGAUUAAGCACAAGGUCACAUUCUCGGUGAUCACAUGAGUGGACAGGUGAUGAGUGAAAUGGGAGUGGGGGGAUGCCUUGGGGAGAGGCUGAGAAGCACAAACAGCAGGCUUGCCUGUGCGUGCUGGCGAGGAAUGUGCGCCCGCAUCUCCAAGCUGAUGGACUUGGGUUUUAAAUGAGGUUGAGGAGGGAGGAGCUCAGAUUAGCUACCCACCUUAGAGAAAAAUGUGAGGACUGAGGUUCUGGUCUGAGACUUCAAGGAGAAAUAUUUGCACCCUUCCCUCCCCCCUCCCAGAAAGAAAACAAUAAUACUCUCUCCUGGAGAUCCCCAGAUAAAGACAUUUUAUCAUCGUUGUAGAUUAGACUUUAAACUGUAAUGACACACAAAUCUGUUCUCAGAUGCAAAACUUCUUGGCGCAAAUCUUUUUCUGCAGAAUUGGGUGGUUAUUUCUGAGUGUCAGGAGCGAAGAGAAGCAAUGGAUCCCAGAAGGGCAAGAAACUCUUAAGAGAAGCUCUCUUAAAAAAAAAAAAAACAAAAAAACCCAAAGCUCCUUAUUGGCAUGGAGAAAUAUGAUGUCCUAGAUACAUCGCCAAGAGAGGAAUUUCUGUAUGAACAAGGGAAUUUCAGGGCCUCAUGGCCAAACCGUGAUGUGGGGGCUGGGACAGCAAGCAGAGGAAGUCUCUAACAUCCUUGCUGUAGCGGCGCAUUGUUUUUGAGUUGCUGCUUAAGCUGUACACAAAUCCUUGCUUGAGUCAGAUGAGAAGUGGUCUCUGAGAGGGAGAGAGGUGAAAAUGAAUGUAGCAACCCUCCUUUCAGGUGGGACCGAAAGCAGUUACCCUGUCAUGGGAGGUUACAGCGCCCUCCUGCGUUUUACCCAAGCACGAGAUGUGGACGAACUGUGACGGGAAAGCCUCAGUUUACCCCUGGAGUCUUCCCAGGCGAUCCCAGACCUGCUUCCCGGGGCCGGUGGUUUCUGUUGUGUUACUGCUGCUAGUAACAGGGUCUCAUCACUUGUUUUAGCUUUGUGAAGUAUCCUUUUCAUAAUCCUGACUUGCCUUCUGCAAUGGUACAUGACCAGGUUCACUGUCGGUCUUCGGAACUUACAAACGGAUGCAUCUAGGGAUCAUGAUGUGAUUUGACAAGGCCUCAGCUGGGGCCACAUGUUUCUGUAACAUUUUGAUAUGUUUCCAUGCACCUAACGUAGAUCUUGUUGAAAUAAAGCACUUUUCAAAGAGAA